AGUGCGAGGCGCAAGUCGCGGAGAAGGCUCGUCAGCCGCCGGGGAGCCCAGCCUGGUAUCGCCGCGCUCGAGGAGCCGCCCCCGCCCCCUCCGCAGCUGCAGGGCUGGGGACUGAGGCGCCGAGGCUGAUAAUGUUGGCAGAGCAAGCCCAGAAGUGGUUCCCAACCCACGUGCAGGUUACAGUUCUUCAAGCCAAAGAUCUGAAGCCAAAAGGCAAAAAUGGCACCAACGAUACCUACACUAUUAUACAACUGGGCAAGGAAAAAUACUCCACCUCGGUAGCUGAGAAGACCCUGGAGCCAAUCUGGAAAGAAGAGGCCUCAUUUGAGCUCCCUGGAUUAUUGAUGCAGGGGAAUCCAGAGAAAUACAUCCUCUACCUGAUUGUCAUGCACAGGUCGCUGGUGGGGCUGGAUAAGUUUUUGGGACAGGUGGCAAUAAAUCUAAAUGAUAUAUUUGAGGACAAGCAACGAAGAAAAACAGAAUGGUUUAGCCUAGAGUCCAAACAGGGGAAAAGAACUAAAGACAGAGGAGAAAUCAAAGUCAAUAUUCAGUUUAUGAGGAAUAAUAUGACAGCAAGCAUGUUUGAUCUGUCAAUGAAGGACAAAACAAAAUCCCCCUUUGCUAAACUGAAAGACAAAAUGAAGGGUCGAAAGAAUGAUGGGACGCUUUCGGAUACAUCCUCUGCAAUCAUUCUGAGUACUCACAUACCUGAUGCGAACAUGGACAUGUCUAGUAAUGAAAUACAAAUAAAAUCAAAACCAAAAAAACCUUUCCUUUUGGGACCUCAGCGAUUAUCUUCAGCUCAUUCAAUGUCUGACUUAACUGGAUCACAUGUGUCUUCAGAAAAAAUGAAAUCCAGCACAAUUGAGCAUACACACCUUUUCAGAAGUCAGUUAGAAUCUUUUACUUCUGUUGACGAAAAUGGAAGUCUAAAAUCUCCACAUAGGAGGACAUUAAGUGCUGAUACUUCUAAAAUGAACCAGCUUGACAACACAGCUGAUGAAAGCAAAUCAGCAUCUGAAGCACAAAAUGACCCCUUUACAAAUGCGAGUGCUUCAUUGCCCCAAAAGUUUGCAACGCUGCCAAGACAGAAAAAUCCAUUUGAAGAAAGCUCUGCAUCGUGGGACCAAAACAUAAGUCUGUUUUCCAAGCCUGUUGAAAUAAAAAAAGAAAUUAAAAAAGAGAAAAAGGAGAAAGUUAGCCUUUUUGAAAGAGUGACUGGAAAAAAAGAUGGCAAGAAGUUGGACAAACUUAGCAAUGGGGGAUCUGACAGUUCCACUGACUUGAAAUCACCUAGUGCAUUUGAAAGUCAUAAGGAGAGUUUUGAUUAUAAUUCACGUAAUCCGUUUACAACAAACUUCAAACCCACAAGCACGUUGCCGGCAUCUAGUUUUACUAUGAAUUCUGCAAGCAUUGAAGACUUCAGGAAAAAAAGGGAUGGAAAUCCUUUUGAUGCUACUGCAGGGUACCGUAAUCUUACAUAUGAAGAGGUCUUGCAGGAGCUGGUGAAACAUAAAGAGCAGCUUAAGAAGAAAGACACCCAUAUCCGUGAACUUGAGGACUACAUUGACAAUCUUCUUGUACGAGUAAUGGAGGAAACUCCUAGUAUUCUGAGAGUGCCAUAUGAACCUUCUCGAAGAGCUGGCAAAUUUUCCAAAAGCUAAGGCAAUAACACUUCAUGGUUCUUUUUGUUGAAUGUGUUAAUGGAAGGACAUUGCACUACACAUUUUGAUGUCCUAAUUUUGUUCUAUUGUCCACUCCUUUUCCCUUCUGAGAGAUUCAGAGUUUUGUCCUCCAAAUACUAGCAGGGACUGUCAAAACUAGUAGUCUGCUAUGUUUAUUAAAGAACUUUGUAAAAACAAAUAGGAGAUAGAGUAGAUGAAUUUAUCAUUUCUUUUUGGAAAUUACAUUUAGCUAUAUUUUACUUGCAGUACUGUAAAUAAUACACUUUGAAAAUGUCCAUUCAGUUGUUUUACAUGAUAAUUUACUCCUAGCCCUGUUGCGGUUUGAUACCUAUCAUAUGUCUACUUUUACUACUUAUUGAUACACUAUUGUGCAAAGUCACUCUUUUUGGUAUUACAACAUGCCAUCACGGGUGUCAUGCUAAAGUCUGUAUGGUACGUUUUGCUGGAAGUGAAUAUGGAUUGUUGCAAUGUGAUAUUUCAAUAUAGUUAAUUCUCAGCAUUUAUUAGAGAGAAACAGUGGAAACAAAGAGGAAAUGCCAUAUCCUUUACAGUACACUUUGUUAAGAAUGUUUUAAAAUAUCAUGUCAGUUCAACAAUGGCAUGUAUUUCAAUCAGUUAUUUUGUGUGCAAUGAACAUUGAACUUUGAAAUCCAUAAGUUAUAAGCUAAUUAAGAUAUGGGGUUUUUGGUGUAAAAUUAUUGCAUGCCUUUUUAUACAUUAAAAUAGUGUAAACAAAAUGCUAAUAGAGUCAGAAGUAGGACUGAAGAAAGUGGUGGAUAAAGAGUUUAAUACUUUUUUCACUCAAAUCCUACAGCAGUAAAAAAAAAGUUCAGAAGGAGAAAUAAGAAGACUGACUUAAAGAGAGAUGAUUCUGAAGAAUUAAAGUGACUCAGUCUCAAGUUGGGUUUUUCACGUAAUGCGUCUUUCCUUUGAUUUCCAAGGCUGCUAGGAAAAGGGUGUAUGCUUAGGCAUGCCUGGAGUAUUUCUCAGAAAGACGUAAAACUAAAAAGAGGAGGUCUAUAUUCCUUUUCAAUCAUUUUAAAGGUCUGCUUUUACUAAGGCUGAUGGAAGAGGUAUUUUGAAUAAGCAUUCAUCUAAUCAUUUAUAUUUGCGUAUAAUAUUGUGUACAAAAGUAUGUACUCUUUCACAUAUCAGCCAAAUACAGUACUCAACUUCUGAUGGGAAACAAUGGUGUAAGAAAAAUAUCUUUACUAAUAGCCACUAAAUUAUUUUAAUUGCCUUAUAAGUCUUAAGUGGAUUGUCUAUUACUGUGAAAUUCUGAGAUGUAUCAGAACUUAUGCAGGAGAAUAUAAUAGCAUUGGAUUUAAGAAGUUAAAAUUCUUGGUUUGGAAAGAAAAUUUUGUGUGCAAGGUAGCUGGAUUUUUAUUUUUUGCUUUCCCCAUUUGUUCUUGUAAACUGCUUAUUUUUCUUACACUGGCAUAUGGUGGGCUUUUCUGAGGAGGAAAAAAGCCUAAAAUUAACUUCUGAUUUUGUUGUUGUUGUUGUCUUAAAGAGUGAGACUUUUUUUCAUGUUUAAGACUUCAAAAAUUAAUAAAUCCAUCUUGAAUUGUUCAGAUUCUAGACACUAUGAGAUAAACCAUUGGUAUCAGAGAGCUCUUGACCAUAUAACUAUAUUACAGCAGUAUUGCAUUGUACUCAGAAGAAAAUUAUUUCUUUGUACAGUGUGAAUAACUUUUCACUUUUUGACUUUAUUUCUUGAUUUACUUUGCAUUCUCCAGAAUGACAUGGGGCGGUACCUGGGAUGGGAAAAAGGAUGGAUUGAUUGUACCAGGUUCAUAAAAAGUGUUAAGUAUGAAAGUCCUGACCCUGUGUUGGGAUUCAUUAGCAUAAACUAUUGUGCUUGGGCGGAGCCACAGUGACUACAGUGGGACUCCUCCUGGUUGUAAGGUUCUGUGUUAGCAGAUCAUGUUUCAGGAUUAAGGCCUGAUUCACUAAGUAGUUGCUAUUACGACCACCCAAGGAUUCAUCAGGUAUUGUACCUCAUAAACUAAUAUGAAUGUUCUUUUGUCUACUUAAGUCUAAAUGACUCAGUUUAUUGUAAUAUAGUUAAAGUGCCAAAGCAUAUUAAGUUGCAGUUCAUUUAUUGCUGAGUUAGUUUUUGCACUUGAAGGAGAUUUUAAUUUAGAAAUUAUACAAGGUUGUCUGUCAAUUAUUCAGUAUUCCCACAAAGAUUCUCAAACAUCUUAGAGUAGUUUGGCUAAAGCUAAUGCCUUUAUAUAUAUUGGGGGAAAUGUGCCAUUGAAUUUGAAGCUGAACUCCACGUUAAUUUCAAAAAUCACUGAUGCUAUGCGAUCCUAAGUUUGUAAGGUUUCUUCUCUCAUCACUGUCUUAUACAUAUCAAUGGGAGUUUCACAAGCAAACGAGUAGGAAAAUAUUUCAUAAUGAGUUUCAACUUCUGCAAACCAAUCUAUAGUUAUUAAAAUGAAGCAUUACUGUAUUUAGAACCUUUGAAAUCAUUUCUAUUAGAAUGUUAAUGUGGAAUAUCAAAAUCUAUAAUUGCCAAAAAGUAGAUCAUUUGCAUAGAAGAAAUGAUAAGCAGAUUAAAGGUAGCAAAAAGAUCAAUGUUAGUGCAUGAGUGAAGAAAUUUAGUGCAGUUUUUAAUGUGCUGUCUAGUUCUUUAUCUGAUCUGUAACUGAAUAAAAGCACCUUUUAUUUCUCCUAGUUUAUCACAAAAAGGGAGAAACAAAUUUAGUUUAGAAAAAGGUACAGUUACUAAAAUAUGAAGAAUGAAGCAUGUACAACUAUAAAAAUAGUUGUACAGUGUUUGUGUAAUUUAAGGUACGAGUUACUUUUGGUUCAGUUUUGGAAAGAUAUUAAAUGCACAUGCUUUUCUGUUUUAAGUAGGGUUUUUUUUAAUUAUUCACAUUUUCUGGGAAUUUUUACAGGUUAUUUUUUCAAGGACAUCUUCACCGUAAAAAUAUUUUAUGGACUAUGCAAAAUUUUCAAAUCAAAACACUUCAUACAAAAUAUUCCAUACAUGUAUAAGACACAAGGAAAUCUCUGUUGAUUUUACUCUUAAGCAUAACACUAUAAAAGCAUCUUCUAACAGUUUUUGAAUCUAUAAUAUCUUACCGCAGACAAUCCAUCUUUCAGUACUCUAAACUAUAAAGAUGAAAACACUGGCAAUCCACACACUUUUAUUGAUCUUAUCUCUGAAAAAUUAUCUUGAAGCUUCAUCAGUAUAUGUACUGUACUUUGAAAUAUUCCUUUGAAACAGCUCUGGUACUAGCAAUGUAUUUAACUACUUUCUUGAAUGAAUAUCAAGGCCAUAUUUUAGAGUUGUAAAUAACCAAUGAACUUCUUGCCAUUCAAUAAGACUGUUUAAUAUUAAUGUAUUGCUUUUUGCUGCUGUGCGUAUGUAUGUUGAUAUUGGUUUUGCAACCUACCAAUGUGUAGCAUUAUCCAUAGAUUACAUAUAACUCCAUCUAUUGCUGUUGUCUGUAAAUCAAGACUAGUCGUAAUUUUCCAACUAUGAAAAUGAUGCCUUGUAUUUGAAAGGGUUCUACAAAUGAGGACCCAAACAGAACUGAGCUCAUUAGUAACCAGCUUACAUUAUUUUGCUGUAAGGAUGUUCUUUCUUUAACUAGGUGCAUCUUAAAAGAAACAGAACUACUGUCUUAAUAUUUUUACUGCUGCACUGGAGUUUUAUUUACACCUAUAGCUUUAAAAAAAAGUUGUCCUACACCAAGUUUUUAAACUAAAUUCAUGCUUUGUUGCUGUUUGUGUAUCCAUAACUAUGGUAGUUAAGGUAGAGGUGUCAACUGUGUGUUUUUAAAUGGUUAAAUGGUAAAGCCUCUUGAUUCAUUUGCUCUGUUUUGAGGUAAAUGGUGAAGGGUUAUACCACUGCUGUGUUCCUGAUAUUAGAUUUAAGGCUUUGUCAGCAUUUCCAUUCUAACCCCCUGUUUUCAGGGAUUUAUAACUUCUAAAUCUAGAUACAGUCACUGGAAGUGUUUUUAAUAUGCAAUAGGUGGCACUUGAAUCUGUUUAUGAAGGAUUGGGAGAUUUAUUUCUGUUGAUAAAGGCAGAAACGGCAUUUAUUUUAUCUUUCAUAAUUUGUAUGUUGAAAAAUCCACUAUAUUUGCUGUUAAGUGUAUUACAAAUGAUACAUUCACUCUUAGAAGCUUCCAGGUGGCUUGUAUUAUGUUAGGUACAAUAAAAUGCUGAAGAUCCAAGUUAUAUAGGAGGACUGUAAAAAAUGUGAGCAUUACUUAAAACUAAAGGGUUGAUUUGUCUCGUGCAAUGAAUGGUAGCUUGUAUACAUUUUUAAAGUUACAGAUUUACAACUAUAUGCACCCGUGACAACUGUAUACUUACGAUAUUGAAUGAAACAUUUUUGUUAUAUUCUGUGCACUAGGUGUUGAACUCUCUUUAGUUGAUUAAAAUAUGUAAUCUUAAUAUUUGAAUUUAUUUUCAUUCAGUAUUGCAUGUGUAACACUAAUAAAACACAGUGCACUACAGCAAAUGUCUUGUAGUUUAAUGUGUCUAAUGUGUGC